GUCAAUUGUGGAAUUUUUCACCGUUGUAACGUUGGCGACAUUGUCUUGUAAUUUUUUAUAAUUGUAUUAUAAAAAACGAAAAUAAACAUACUUUGGGCUGUAACUAUUUGUCUUUAGCUUUUUGUGUAAUUUUUUCGACUAAUGUUACAAAAAAUAUUAUAAUAGAUAGAACUUAAAGUAGUUAUUUUAUCAUAUAGCUGAUGUAAUAACGCGCUGAAACUGAAAUGGAAAACGCUGUUGAAGUUGUGGUGAAAUGGAGCGGAAAGGAGUACAAAAUAUCUAAUUUAUCUGAAAGUGACUCAGUGUAUUCUUUAAAAAAAUUAAUCCACAAAGAAACUGGUGUGCGUCCUGAACGUCAGAAACUUCUCAACCUUAAAUUGAAAGGGAAACCACCAGACGAUGACUGCCUGUUGUCGGCUCUCAAGCUGAAGCAGGGCUUCAAGAUAAUGAUGAUGGGGUCCCUGGAAGAAGACAUCGCAGAUGCGUCGUCACCCCCAGAUGAUAUUCCUGAGGUCAUCAAUGAUCUGGACAUAGAGGAGGAAGAAAUUGCUAUUGAAAGCAAGGACGUGUACCUGGCGAAGAUAGACCGUCGCAUUCGGGACUACAAGAUCAACAUGCUGAACGAGCCGCGGGAGGGCAAGAAGCUGUUGGUGCUGGACAUAGACUACACCUUGUUCGACCACCGCUCCACGGCGGAGACGGGCCACGAGCUGAUGCGGCCCUUCCUGCACGAGUUCCUCACCUCUGCGUACCAGGACUACGACAUAGUCAUCUGGUCAGCAACUAGCAUGAAGUGGAUUGAAGAGAAAAUGAAACUGCUUGGUGUGUCCACGCACAGCUGUUACAAGAUUAUCUUCUACUUGGACAAUUCAGCUAUGAUUUCCAUUCACACCCCAAAAUAUGGUGUUAUACAGGUGAAGCCGCUUGGCGUGAUCUGGGGCAAGUUCGGGCAGUACUCGUCCAGGAACACCAUCAUGUUCGACGACAUCCGGCGCAACUUCCUGAUGAACCCGGGCAACGGCCUGAAGAUCCGGCCCUUCAAGCAGGCGCACCUGAACCGCGACAAGGACCGCGAGCUGCUGCGGCUGGCCCGGUACCUCAAGGACAUCGUGCACGAAGAGGACUUCAACGGCCUGGACCACAGGCACUGGGAGCGGUACCGGCCCCGCAAGAAGAACAAGCAGGAGGCAGCUCGCGAGGACGGCGGCGGCAGCAGCGGCCAGGGAAGUUAGCUCUGCGCGGUGCGUGCUGUGAUGACUACCGGCCGUCUCGUUGCUGUUUGACUUUGGGGUGCGGUGACGAACACUAAUCCUGUGACGAGGGGCAGCUGCGGUCAGCGUAGUUAAUAGUUGGGCGCUCUGUACCACGCUUGGCGUGACAGACUGUCUCACCAUCAACUGGAUACGCCGUCUUGUUACGGUUCGGAAUUCAGGAGGAUGCAGGCGCUCGAGAACAAACACUAAUCCCAUGACAAUUGCAACGGCGGUCAGGGUUGCCGUAGUUAGACGCUUCAUACCGUACUUUUUUGUGACAAACUACUAUCACGUACUGUCACGUCAUCUUGUUACAGUUUUGACUCUGGGACCAGUACAGGCCCUGAGACAGGAACAAACAGAAACCCCACAAUCACUACGGCAGCGGCCGGGGUAGUUGAUGGUGGUUAGUUUGCAGUUGGACGUCCCAUACCUUAAAUGGUGUGAUGAAACUAUUUUAUUGUUAACUACAGAUGACAUCUACUUUAUGUUUUAAAAAAGCAAUACUGGUUCACAGACUGUCACAUGUUUAAAUACUUGGGAGAAUUAUGCAUUAUUUUAUACAAUUACAGAUGUUUUGUACAGGUUAUGUGCAAUUUUUUGGGCAAAUGAGUGUAGCUUCUGUGAAUCAAGUGUUUAAGUACAGAUCAUUGUUUAAAAUUUUUUUAAAAAUAUUAUUUUGCCUGCAGUGUUUCCUUUGUAAUUUUAAAUCGUGAUUUUCAGCUGUGAUUGUACCUGCAAAUCUCAUUUUAGCUUUGUUUGUACUACGUAGCAUGGUAUCUGGAGGAAGUCAUUAUUUUUUUAUAUUUUUACAUGUACACUUAUUUCCUCAGAUGAUAGCAUACCUUGCAUUGAAUUCAUAUAAUUUGCAGUGAAGAUCAGUGAUGAAUAGGAAAAUGAUUUCAUGGCAUAUGCCAUGGUCACGAAGAAACAAGUGUCAUUUAACCUUUUUAAUAAUGUCCCAUUUCAAGUGGUACAGUUUAUGUGACUCACCUUUUAAACAUGUCAGUAAUCUUACUAUCUUAAAUAUAUUUUCUAGAUAAAAAGUGUGAAUAUUUUUGGUAUGUUCAGAACUGUAAUAAAAAAAUGUUAUUGUAUUGUAAAA